AUGGAAGAGACCGAAUCCAUAGAAGGGGGAAGUCAGAAGUGGACAGGCAGUAGUGGCCAGAAAGCAGACCAAGCCGAAGCCCAAAAGUCCCAGCAGUUAUUAGGAGUGUCUGGAUGCAAGGAAGGGAUCAGAAUUCAGCAGACUCAAUUGAACGACUCCGACCCCAACAGCCAGUACAUCUCCCCCCCCGACACCCCAAUCGGCCUAGAUGACUAA